ACUUUUCGUGUGGCGUCGGCGGCCUGUGGUGGCGCCGAGUUUCCGGGCAGGGGUUCUCUGAGACAGAGAGAAGCUUGCAGUCUCGGGUCGAGAUGUCCCAGUACGUGAACGACCUGUGGCCGGGCUCGCCGCAGCACAAGGGUUCCCCCUCGACGUCUCGGUCGGGCAGGUCCAGCCGCCUGUCCUCGGCAUCCAGGAGCCGCUCGUCUUCCGGGAGCUCUCAGUCGCGCUCUAACGGCUCGAGCCGGGCGUCGUCGCGGAGUCGGAGCCGGUCCUGGAGGAGGAGCCGGUCCAGGUCCUGGUCUAGGAGGCGCCACCAGAGGAAGUACAGGCGCUACUCGCGCUCCUACUCGCGCAGCCGGUCACGCUCCCGCGGCCACCGGUAUCGCGACAGGCGCUAUGGCGCGUCCAGGAGAUACGGCCGGUCGCCGUCGCGGCCCCGCUCCCGCAGCCGGUCCCGCUCGCGGGGACGCUCGUAUUACCGACGGGCUUACGCGCUCCCGCGGGGGCGGCGACACUACGGCUUCGGCCGCACCUUGUACCCGGAGGAACGCGGAAGUUGGAGGGGCGGGUCCCGGGGCAGGUCCCGGACCCGGUCGCGGAGCCCCACCCCUUUUCGCUUAAGUGAGAAAGAUCGAAUGGAGCUGUUAGAAAUAGCAAAAGCCAAUGCAGCAAAAGCUUUAGGAACCGCUAACUUUGACUUGCCAGCUAGUCUCAGAAAAGUUCUUGCAUCUAAAGAGACGAACUGUGGAACAGCUGUACCAAACAGUGAUGCAAAGUUUGAGCUGUCGGGAAAACUAGAAGAUGGAACUAAAAAUCCCAGUGAAAAGCCUUCCCAGCAAAAAAGCAUAGCUUUUAGCUCUAAUAAUUCUGUAGCAAAGCCAAUGCUUCAGAAAUCUACUAAAGCUACUGCUGAAGAGACCUCUUCAGGAUCCCCCAAAAUAGAUAAGAAGAAAAGUCCAUAUGGACUGUGGUUACCUGUCUAAAAAAAGAAAACUAAUGUAUAAGGUUGGCUGAAAUGCACUUUAUUGCAAGUGUGUGUUCUAGCAUUAUUCCAUCUCUGGGAGUCAUUUAGUGGUAAUUGUUGGAAUUACAAUGACACAGAAAUACAUAAAUCCUUAAUAUUUAAAUAUUAACAUUUUAGAUUUCUCUUAUAGAUAAAGAGAAAACACACACGGACCAGAGGAUUCAUACAGGUGGGAGUCUUGUACAUAUACUUGUAAAUGCUUUGUAUAAUACCAGUUAUGUAAGAGCAAAAUUUAUAAGAACAGUAAUUGAUAUGUUUAUAUUUGUUAAUAAAUUUUUUAUUUUUUAAA